UUAAUGAUCUAUCUGAUCAAACAUUUUCAUGUGUUAUCCAGACAUUACUGCAGACAAGGUUCUACUUCACAAAAACCAUGCUUCAAGCUCGCAACUUGUAAUCCAAAUACUGCAAACCAAAAUAUACAUGCAUAUGGAGCCAUCUUAAUUGCGUCACUAAGUCUUCUGAUGAUCAUGAUUUACAACUGCUCCGAUCAAGUUCUCGCCACUCGAGAAAAGAGACAAGCCAAAUCUAGAGAAGCAGCAGCGAGACACGCAAAAGAAACAACACACGCUCGAGAAAGAUGGAAGACUGCUAGAGAUGCUGCAAAAAACCCAAAGAUGGGAUUAACUGCACAACUAUCUCAAACAUUUUCACGCAUGACAUCUAAGAAAGAAACACCUGCCAAAGCAUCUGGAAAGUCAAAGGAAAAGAAAAAAGGACCGAGCAAGAUUGGUCAAGCUCCAAAGGGUAAACAACUACAUACUCAGAGUCAGAUCUUUAAGUAUGCGUAUGGUCAAAUCGAAAAGGAGAAAGCUAUGGAGCAAAACAACCAGAACUUGACAUUCUCAGGGGUUAUCUCCAUGGCCCAAGACACUGAGAUUAAGUCUAGGCCUGUGAUAGAGGUUGCGUUUAAGGAUUUAACUCUUACUUUGAAGGGUAAACAUAAGCAGAUUUUGAGAUCUGUUAGUGGAAAGAUCAUGCCUGGCCGUGUUUCCGCAGUUAUGGGCCCAUCAGGAGCUGGAAAAACUACAUUUCUUUCUGCCUUGGCAGGCAAGACAACCGGAUGUACACGAACUGGUCUAAUCCUCAUAAAUGGUAGAAAUGAAUCUAUAAACACAUACAAGAAGAUUACUGGAUUUGUGCCACAAGAUGAUGUUGUCCAUGGUAAUCUUACCGUCGAGGAAAACCUUCGUUUCAGCGCAAGAUGCAGACUAAGUGCUUAUAUGCCAAAAGCAGAAAAAGUGUUGAUCAUUGAAAGAGUGAUUGAAAGCUUAGGACUACAACAUGUAAGAGACUCAUUAGUUGGUACGGUUGAAAAAAGAGGAAUCUCUGGAGGACAAAGGAAACGAGUGAACGUGGGUGUUGAAAUGGUCAUGGAACCUUCUUUAUUGAUAUUAGAUGAACCUACCACAGGUUUAGAUAGUGCAUCUUCUCAGUUAUUACUUAGAGCACUUCGACGUGAAGCACUUGAAGGGGUUAACAUUUGCAUGGUCGUGCAUCAACCCAGUUAUACGAUGUACAAAAUGUUCGAUGACAUGAUUUUACUAGCAAAAGGUGGCCUUACCGCGUACCAUGGAUCUGUAAAAAAAAUCGAAGAAUAUUUUGCUGGAAUAGGUAUCAUGGUUCCUGAUCGUGUCAAUCCUCCUGAUCAUUAUAUAGAUGUUCUUGAAGGCAUCGUGAAACCAAAUAGUGAUAUCACUAUAGAACAACUCCCUGUGAGAUGGAUGCUUCACAAUGGUUAUCCAGUGCCACAUGAUAUGUUAAAGUUAUGUGAUGGACUCCCAUCAUCAUCUGGAUCAGCUGGUCAAGGUGAUUCCACUGACAAUUCUUUCAGUAAUGAUCUAUGGCAAGAUGUGAAAACUAAUGUCGAGAUCCAGAAAGAUCAGCUACAAGACAACUACUCCAAUUCUCAAGACAAUUCUAAUCGAGUAACUCCUACUGUAGGUCGACAAUAUAGAUAUUUUAUGGGAAGGAUUGGGAAGCAAAGACUUAGAGAAGCAAGACUACAAGCCCUAGAUCUUCUAAUAUUAUUAGUUGCAGGAGCUUGUUUAGGAACUCUUGCAAAAGUGAAUGAUGAGACGAUUAGCUCACUUGGCUACACAUACACGAUUAUAGCAGUCUCUCUAUUGUGUAAGAUCUCAGCGCUGAGGUCGUUCUCUGUAGAUAAAUUACAAUAUUGGAGAGAAAGUGCUGCUGGAAUUAGCAGCUUGGCACAUUUUAUGGCCAAAGACACAAUGGACCAUUUGAACACAAUUAUCAAACCUUUAGUGUAUUUGUCUAUGUUCUACUUCUUCAACAACCCUAGAUCAAGUUUCGAAGACAACUACAUUGUACUAGUAUGCUUGGUCUACUGCGUAACGGGCAUGGCUUACGUAUUUGCCAUAUUGUACAGUGCUAGUGCUGCCCAACUGAUGUCAGUGUUAGUACCCGUUGUUUUGACUCUCAUCGCGAAUCAAGAUAGAGAUAGCAUUGUUCUUAAGUAUCUCGGAAGUUUCUGUUACCCUAAAUGGACUCUUGAAGCUUUUGUCCUUUCAAAUGCUCAAAGGUACUCUGGAGUGUGGGUGGUGACUAGAUGCAGCUCGUUGUCACAAUACGGAUAUGAUCUUAGUGAUUGGGUCUUAUGUCUUAUUGUCCUCGUUCUUAUGGGUGUUAUAUGCCGAUUCAUAGCUUAUUUCUGCAUGGUUACCUUCAAGAAACAGUAACCUAUAUUCCCUGUGAUUAAAAAGCGUACAUAUUGUAUAAAAUCUUGUAACAAAGUUUU